CACUCUCUGUUCAUUCAUAACGCAACUCUGGAUUAUCAAGCCUCCGCUGAGAAGCUCCUUCUCCGAGGACUUCGGAAGAAACAACUGAGGAAUCUACCACCUCUGCCAGCGUCUGCUUCUCUCAAACAAUUAUAAACACAACCAGAAUUGUAUCACUGAUACUAAAACCAUGAAAAUGUCAGCAGAGCAGAUUUCCGAGGUCCUGAAAGAGGGAGAGCUGGAGAAGAGGAGUGACAACCUCCUUCAGUUCUGGAAAAGGAAGACAUGUGUCCUGACCACGGAUAGCCUCAACAUCUACGCCGACACGCAGAAGCGUACCAAGAGCAAGGAGCUCAAACUCCAGUCUAUCAAGAAAGUGGACUGUGUUGAGCGCACCGGCAAGUUUGUCUACUUCACUAUUGUUACCACGGACAAUAAGGAGAUAGAUUUCCGGUGCUCCGGUGAAGAUAACUGCUGGAAUGCAGUGAUCACCAUGGCACUGAUUGACUUCCAGAACAGAAAGGCUAUUCAGGACUUUAAAACGCGACAGGACGACGAGAGCGGGUCCCCGGGACUGCACGAGAGCCGCAUGGCCAGAGCUCCCUGAAUGGCUUUGGGAGAUUAGCUACCACACUCCGAAUAUGAGUCAGUUAUGGACCAUGAAGAACAGGAACUUGGACCAAAGAAAGACGUCACCCGGUCCGUGGAUGAAGGAUUGUUCGGGACAGAUCAGCGCAUUCCCUUAGGGACCUCUGUCCUGAUAAGCUUCUAAAAGAGAAUUUAAAAUGCUCAAAACUCAAGACUGAAUCCUUGAACUUUCAAGUAUUUCAACGUGCGCUUUUCUGAGGAGGGAUGCCUCCUGAAUGACAUUGCAAAAAUGUGUUAAUUUAUUUGUGUCAAGAAAAUGUUUUUCUUAGACACAUGCUUAUGUUGUUUAAAUUAUUUACUAUUUCAGUGUGUAUUUAUUUGAAUAAAUAUUCAUACAUUUUUGAAGAAAAUGUGGUCCUAUAGCCCAGUGGUUCCCAACCGGUGUUCAGCAGGAACUCUCAGGUGUGUCGCAAACUUUUCCUGAUCUUGAUUUUUUUUAUUUUUACACUCACUUAUCAACGUAACCUGUUGAAUGCACAUGGCAUUUUGACUUGGGAGCGCUUGUACUGCUCAGAUAAUACAUUAAAUAGUACAUGGAUACAUCCGUAUCAUUGUUUCAAGUCCAGUGUGCUCAGGCUGUUGGUACAUUUGUAUCAUUUGAGGAGCGCACAUCACAAGCAAAGUCAUUUGUUUGAUUUGACUUUGUCUGUGAAAAGGGGUAAACACAAAUGAACUAUCUUGCUAUCUUUCUAUGGCAGAGAGGGAGUGGUAUGGCUAAGCCCAGAGCCAUAAAAAAUACAUGGCUCUGGCUAAGCCUAAUCAGACUUUUCACAAGCAUUUUUCUACACCCGCAAAAACAUCUGUUAAACAUGUGUAUGCGACCAAUAACAUUUGAUUAACUAUCAAAUAAUCCUAAUUCAUCUAUAAAACCACUUAUCACAGAAAAUGUAUGAUUUUUCAAUUUGGAAAAGAUGAGAUAGGGACAUUUUAGGUGCACAGCUGAAUUUUAUUUUAUUUAACUAGGCAUGUCAGUUAAGGGAAAAUUCUUAUUUACAAUGACGGCCUACCCCAGCCAAACCCAGACGGCACUGGGCCAAUUGUGUGCCACCCUAUGGGACUCCCAAUCACGGCCGGAUGUGAUGCAGCCUGGAUUCCAAACCAGGUGCUGCAAUGACGCCUUUUGCACUGAGAUGCAGUGUCUUAGGCCACUCGGGAGCAAUUUUCUAUCCCAUGAAGGUGUGCCAAGGUUAAAAAAGGUUGGGAACCACUGCAAUAGCCUAUGUUUUUCUCUCAUAUAUUGGUCAGUUAAUGUUAUGGAUAAAAUUUUGAGUGAUGUUACAUUGACAAAAAUACAGAUCUUCAUAUUAA